UGUAGGUUUUUCUGGAUAGUGUUUCCAGUGAUUACCUGUUCCAGAAAGUGAGCUUGAUCGUAAUCAGAGGAUUUUUUUGGCUUCUAAGUUUGAUAUUUUCGGAGCCAUGGAUCGGACUGCUCUCACAGUUGGGCCAGGCAUGGACAUGCCUAUAAUGCACGAUAGUGAUCGUUAUGAGCUCGUAAAGGACAUAGGCUCUGGUAAUUUUGGGGUUGCCAGGUUGAUGAGAGACAAGCAAACCAAGGAGCUAGUUGCUGUUAAAUAUAUAGAGAGAGGCGAGAAGAUAGAUGAGAACGUUCAGAGGGAGAUUAUCAAUCACAGGUCACUGAGGCACCCCAACAUUGUUAGGUUUAAAGAGGUGAUAUUAACUCCUACACACUUGGCCAUUGUGAUGGAAUAUGCAUCUGGGGGGGAGCUGUUUGAACGCAUAUGUAAUGCAGGACGCUUCAGUGAGGAUGAGGCACGUUUCUUCUUCCAGCAGCUUAUAUCAGGCGUCAGCUAUUGCCAUUCAAUGCAAGUUUGUCACCGUGAUCUAAAAUUGGAGAACACACUCUUGGAUGGAAGUCCUGCCCCUCGUCUAAAAAUAUGCGACUUCGGAUAUUCAAAGUCAUCAGUAUUGCAUUCACAACCAAAAUCAACAGUUGGAACUCCUGCAUACAUUGCUCCAGAAGUUCUGCUCAAGAAGGAAUAUGAUGGCAAGAUUGCAGAUGUGUGGUCUUGUGGUGUAACCUUGUAUGUCAUGCUGGUGGGUGCGUACCCGUUUGAGGAUCCAGAGGAGCCCAAGAAUUUCAGGAAAACCAUACAGCGAAUCUUGAAUGUACAGUACUCUAUCCCUGAUUAUGUGCACAUAUCCCAAGAGUGUCAACAGCUCAUCUCAAGGAUUUUUGUCGCCAACCCAGCAAUGAGGAUAACGAUACCUGAGAUUCAAAACCACGAGUGGUUCUUAAAGAACCUUCCUGGCGACCUCAUGAAUGAUCAUACCAUGAAUAAUCAGUUUGAGGAACCAGACCAACCCAUGCAAAGUGCAGAUGAAAUUAUGCAGAUCAUAGCAGAAGCCACCAUACCCGCAGCUGGUACCCGUGGCCUUGGCCAUUAUCUCACAGGAAGCCUGGACAUGGAUGAUGAUGAUGACAUGGAAGACCUAGAAACGGAUCCCGAUCUUGACGUUGAUAGUAGUGGUGAGAUCGUCUAUGCAAUGUAAGCUUAAAUUAAAGAGUUUCUCCACUCUCUUCUUUCUAAGCUAGGGUUUCAUGUCUUUGGAAGCCACGGAUCAUACAUGGAGUUAGGUGACAUUAGCUUUUGGGACAUGGUUUAGGUGAGUGCAACCAUUGCUCUUGCUGUGAUGUAAUAUUAGCCUAGUUUGGAGGUGGGGUUGAGUGAGGAGCGGGUAGUCUUGGUGCUGCUGGUUAACUGCUUUGAGAGAGAGAGAGAGAGAGAGAGAGAGAGAG